ACAUCUACUACACAAAUACGUCGAGCGCAGAAUGUCGCACGCUCAGUAAUACAUUGUUCAUUCCUACAUUUGGUCUAACUUAUUUUGCUUCUGAGUUACAUUAUUUAUGUAAAGAUUAAAAAAUUGAGUUUAAUCUGUCAACAUUUGUCUAAUUGCGAAUUCGCAAAAUGAAGGUCUUAAUUGUACUGCAACUGCUUACACAUGUCAGUAUUAUUUUAGUGUCGAGUGUUCCUCAAAAUUUAAACAAGAAAAUUAGGCAAAUGAUUACUGAUGAUGGUUACCCAUUUGAGGAAUAUAAUUUGAAAACGCAAGAUGGUUAUUUUCUUAAAAUUCAUCGUAUACCAGGCGGAAAUGGAGAAAAAAUUAAUAAAAUCCAAAGAAAUAAACCUAUUGCUUACCUCGCCCAUGCCCUCACACAAAGUUCCAUAGAUUGGGUUUCUACUGGACGAAAUGUAUCCUUAGCUUAUCUGCUCGCUGACAAAGGAUUUGACGUGUGGUUGGGAAAUAAUCGAGGAACCAUUUUUUCUCAAAAGCAUCAAACUUACUCCACAAUGAGUUCCAGUUUCUGGAACUUUAGUUGGCACGAAAGUGGUGUUAUCGACAUGCCCGAAACAAUAGACUUCAUUUUGAAUCGGACUGGAAAAAGUGAACUUUUUUUAGUAUGUUAUUCCCAGUCAUGUACCCAACUAGUUGUCAUGGGAUCUCUGAAACCUGAAUACAAUAAAAAAAUAACUUUAGCUCUCAACAUGGCACCACCUGUUUUUUUUGGGCAUAGUAAAGGACUUGGAUGGCUGAUAUUAAGGACUCUCGAUCGUUUUAUCUCACGGACCCAUGAUAAUAUUGUAAAUCACUUCGGCAUAACAGUGACACCCUUCUUGGUAUAUGUUUAUACCUUGCUUCUUAAAGAUAAAAAUUUAAUAUUUCAUUUUAUCGACCUUCUAAAUAAUAUUUCGGGAAUCGACUUCAACGGUGUAGAUUUGGAAGUUCUAAAAAGAGAAGCCUUAUAUAUUCCUGGAGGAUGUUCUUCAAAACAAUUUAUGCAUUACAAUUUCGGUAAAAAUGCCCCAGGUACUUUUCGUCAAUAUGAUUACGGUAAAAGUGAAAAUAUGAGAAUAUAUAACUCAACAAUUCCUCCAGACUAUCCCCUGGAAAAAGUGACUGUACCUAUAGCCAUUUUUCAAGGGCUUCAAGAUUUUUUAGUUUCUCCAGAAGACGUUGAUAUGCUAGUAGAAAAACUUCCAAAUGUUGUGUAUAGAAAAAAAUUCAAGAAAUUUAACCACCUUAGUUUUACUAUCACCAAAGGACUAAGAACACUCGUCUACGAGAAAAUUGCAGAUCUAUUUAUCAGUUACCGAAUGAAUAAAACUUUUAAUUAAUAAAAAUUAAA